AUGACGAAAGAAAAAGUGGACGAAAUUCAUAGGGCAGUGACAAAAUUUAUAGUCAAAGAUCUCCAUCCAUUUUCAACGGUGGAGUCACCAUCAUUCAGGGAGAUGUCCACUGCCCUUAAUCCAAGGUAUCAGCCCCCAUCGAGGGAUGAUCUAUCCAACACACUUGUACCUGCUUGGUAUUGCGUGGAGAAAAGCAACCUCAUCCAGAAUUUGGCACAGGUUAACAAGGUCGCUAUCACCUGUGAUGGAUGGACCAGUAUUGCUCAGGACCAUUUCCUCACAGUGACUGUUCACUACAUCUACAAAGGCAAAAUGAAGCAGAAUGUGCUUAGCACUGAAGCAGUUUAUGAGUCACAAACAGGUCCAGUUGUCGCUAAAGAAAUAUCAAGUGUUGUGGAGCAAUUUCACUUGGGAGGGAAAAUAAUUGCUGCCACUGUAGACAAUGCCUGCAACAUGGAUGUUGCUUUGAAAAAAUUGGACUUUUUAAAAGUGGGAUGCUUUGCUCAUACCCUCAACCUGGCCGCACAAAGGUGUAUGACAUUCCUGCAGUUUCCAGCUGGUGUGCCAAAAUCCGUUCAGCUGUGGUGUGGCUCAAACGUUCAUCCUUGA